AUGGCGGAGCAAAAUGAAAAUCAGGAUGAUCUUUUUCAAAUUCGUUUGGGAAAUAUUCCUAUUGAAACUACAGUGUACGUUGUUCUCAAAUAUAUUGGACAUCUUGAUGUGGAAAAUGUGGUCAUCGACAAAAAACAACACUCCCGUGCGAUUUUCACCCUUCCUGGGGCGUUUACACCCCGAUACGUACCAGAUUAUAACAAGGGUAAAGAGGGCUAUGAAAAUGGUUUGGUGAGCGGAGGAAUUUGUCCCUACAACAUCAAAUUCUCAGCUAACCUUAUAAUGUCCUUGAAAGUCGUCAGUGUUUCGGCACCGGAUGACGUUUAUAAUGUUGAAUGGGAUUCGUUUGACCACCGGAAGGCAAAGGUUUCACUGUCAUCCCAAUUUCAAGCAGACCACGAUUUGCAAAUGGUCAUUUUAACCGAAGGUUUACUGAGCUCAUUUGCUGUCGCGGAGAUGGGCAAUACGGAAGAGUCGAAUAUUCUUGGAAUGGGUUGUAUUAUGGCUCAAUUUAUGCCGGACUUUUCUUCCAUUNCAAGAUACGAAAAGCGAAGUCACAUUCAUUGUGGACCGGUCUGGUACGUGUUUUGCCCGCAAAUUUCAAUGUGUGGUCACUGA